UUGUAAGUAUAGUAGUCAAAUACAUAAAUUUAUACGUUGUUUUACAUCUUCUGAAAAUGUAAAUGUGAUGCAAAUAGGAUGCAAUAUUGACUUUUAUACCUCAAAUUUACAUUCGUAAGUUGUAUUGUAGUUAAAAAAACUUAUCUUAAAGCAUCUCCAAGGGCUACUCCAAUAGAUGCAAAACCUCAUAUGCCGCGCCCCAUAUGAGUGUAUGACAUGAACUCCCAAGAAUUAUGGGUCCAUGUUUAUGGGAGACUCAAAUCAUGCAAAUCAAUAAGCACAACACAACUCAAACAGUUGCAUUCAUUUCUCAUCAAAACAAGGCCUCUCCCUCUCAAAUACCCGAACCUCAUUUCUUCUCCUCCAUCUCCUCCUCACAAAAACAAACACAAAUACUCACAUUCCACUCACAUCCUCUCUUUCUUAAACCACCUGGAAAAGCCAGACCUCUGCCUCUCCCUCUACAAUGCCAUCAUCCAAGGCCUCCCUUCAAAUCCCACCACCAAAACAGCCUCCCUUUUCCAACUGUUUGAAUUGCUUGGACACAUGCUUGCCAAUGGCAUCCUUCCUGACCACUACACCGUCCCCUCUGUUCUCAAAGCGUGCGCGCAGUCGCGUGCGCUGAGAGAGGGGCAGCAGAUUCACGCCUACGCUAUCAAAACCGGGCUUGUUUUGUCCAAUGUGUACGUCAAUAACACUCUUAUGAGGGUUUAUGCUGUUUGUGGGGUUAUGAAAUGGGUCCGGUUGGUGUUUGAUGAAAGUCCUCAGAGGGACUUGGUUUCGUGGACUACGCUUAUUCAGGGUUAUGUUAAAAUGGGGUUUCCGAGAGAAGGCGUUGAAGUGUUUUUUAGGAUGUGUGAUGCUGAGAUGAGGGCGGAUGAGAUGACGUUGGUCAUUGUUCUCUCUGCUUGCUCGAAGUUGGGAGACUUGAGCUUGGGUAGGAAGAUCAGUGGAUACAUUUACGAUAAUGGGGUAUGCCGAGAUGUUUUUAUAGGCAAUGCGUUGGUCGAUAUGUACUUGAAGUGUGGGGAUGCCGACUUUGCACGUAAAGUCUUUAAUGAGAUGCCUGUGAGAAAUGUGGUUUCCUGGAAUUCGAUGAUAUCGGGUUUAGCACACCAAGGGAAAUUUAAGGAGGCGUUGGACGUGUUCCAGGAGAUGCAAAGAAUGGGUCUUGAGCCAGAUGAUGUUACUUUAGUUGGCGUAUUGAAUUCGUGCGCGAAUCUUGGAGUGCUCGAGAUGGGGGAGUGGGUACAUGCUUAUGUUGAUAGAAAUCAUAUCGAUGCAGAUGGGUUUAUAGGAAAUGCGCUUGUGGAUAUGUAUGCUAAGUGUGGAAGUAUAGACCGAGCCUUUAGAGUUUUUCAACGCAUGAAUCGCAGAGACGUAUAUUCAUAUACUGCCAUGAUUGUUGGGUUAGCUAUGCAUGGGGAGGUAGAGAUGGCAUUGGAUGUAUUUGCUGAAAUGCCUAGAGUGGGCAUUGAACCGGAUGAGGUAACAUUUAUCGGAGUCCUUGCAGCUUGUAGUCAUGGAGGACUUGUGGCAGAGGGUCAGAAGUAUUUUAGGGAGAUGUCAAGUGUGCACAAGCUCAGACCUCAGACAGAGCAUUAUGGCUGCAUGGUUGACCUGUUAGGCCGUGCCGGGUUUAUAAACGAGGCAGAGGAGUUUGUUGAAAACAUGCCAAUUGAGCCUGAUGCCUUUGUUUGGGGAGCCCUAUUGGGAGCCUGCAGGAUCCAUGGGAAAGUAGAGCUUGCUGAAAGUGUGAUGAAGAAACUACUGAAGGUAGAGCCCGAGAGAGAUGGUGCAUAUGUGCUCAUGUCUAACAUAUAUUCCUCUGCAAAUAGAUGGAGGGAUGCAGUGAAGUUGAGACGGGCGAUGAAGGGAAAGAACGUGAAGAAAACUCCCGGGUGUAGUUCAAUCGAACUUGAUGGUAUUGUUCAUGAAUUCAGAAAGGGUGACAAAUCACAUAAAAGAAGCAAAGAAAUAUACAAAUUGCUAGAAGAGAUUAUGAACCACAUAAAGAACCAUGAGCUUUUGGCACACUGAACUCCAUUCUUUUGAUGAUUGUGGCACGUCAACAUAAACCGUCAACUAAACUGAGAAGGAAGAGCAUUGACAGUUUGGCACAUUGCGGCUGGCAUGAUCGAUCAACUUGAUCCCAGGAGCUAAUGCAUCUUCUGCGAGGUAAGAAUUAAGCAAGAAGAUCAAAUUUAAUAAUUUUGUCUUUUUUUUUUUGGUCAAUAAUUUAAUAAUUUUGUCAACCUACCGAGUAAUUGUUGUAAAGACUUCAUAAUCCACACUAAAUUUAUUUAGUACCGGUGUCACAUGUACCGUGCUUCAUUUUUCGUAAAUCAGUCCAUUUGUGCUGUACUAGGAUCUAGGUUUUCCUCAGGCAGAAGUUGCAUUUUUUCGUCUCGGAUGCACAUAAUCGUAUAGCUAACCUGUGUGUCGAUUUUAUCCCGUUUUAACGCUCUUCUCAGCAGCUAGGUAUUCCAAAAUUUUGCAGCAGGGGGUGGUUAAAACGUCAAACACAUAAGACCAUCUCCAACCGAACCCUCCAAGAAAUUAAUAUUUU